UACUCCCCACUUCACACUUCCUUCUCCCUCUGCAACUCCCAUGGCAUUCCACAGAGUCCCGAAGCCCAAACCAAAACCGAGAUCCAGAAUACUGUUUCUCAUCCUCGCCAUUGCAGCCAUUGCACUCUUGUUCCUCCUUUCUUCCCUCAUUUCCACAAAUGGGUACUCUCUGUCUUCCUCUGGAACCCGGGAAAUCGUUCUCAAACCCGAGAACUGGGACCCGCAAAAAAGAAUCCGCACGGGCCACGAGAAGUACUUGUACUGGGGUAACAGAAUCGACUGCCCUGGAAAACAUUGCGACUCUUGUGAGGGUCUGGGUCACCAGGAGUCCAGCCUCAGGUGUGCCCUUGAGGAAGCCAUGUUUCUCCAGAGAACUCUUGUCAUGCCUUCUAGGAUGUGUAUCAAUCCAUUACAUAAUAAGAAAGGAAUUCUGCAUCAUUCUGAUAAUGCAAGUUUAGAGGAAAGGUGGGCUGCAAGCUCAUGUGCCAUGGACUCUUUGUAUGAUAUGGAUCUCAUAUCUAAUACUGUACCAGUGAUUUUAGACAAUUCAGAACUAUGGUAUCAGGUCCUCUCUACAAGUAUGAAGCUGGGAGCAAGGGAAAUUGCCCAUGUGGAAGGAGUCACACGUAUUGCUCUUAAAGAGAACAAUCUGUACUCAAAUCUCUUGCUCAUAAACCGAACUGCAAGCCCCCUUUCAUGGUUUAUGGAGUGCAAGGACCGAAAUAACCGAAGUGCUAUAAUGUUGCCAUAUUCUUUUCUCCCAUCGAUGGCGGCAAAGAAAUUAAGAGAUGCAGCUGAUAAGGUUAAGGCAGUCCUUGGUGAUUAUGAUGCCAUCCAUGUUCGUCGUGGGGAUAAGAUGAAGACGAGGAAGGACGGAUUUGGGGUUGAGAGGACGCUGCAUCCCCAUCUGGAUAGGGAUACACGUCCUGAAUUUAUCCUCCGAAGGAUUAAAAAGUGGGUUCCACCUGGACGAACUAUUUUCAUUGCUUCAAAUGAGAGGACACCUGGAUUUUUUUCACCUCUCUCUGUCAGGUACAAGUUGGCAUACUCAUCAAACUAUAGUCAGAUCCUGGAUCCCUUGAUUGAGAACAACUACCAGUUGUUCAUGAUUGAGAGGCUUAUCAUGAUGGGUGCAAAAACAUUCAUUAAAACAUUCAAGCUAGAUGAAACAGAUCUCUACCUUACAGACGAUCCUAAGAAGAACAACAAGAUGUGGCAAAUACCUGUCUAUACCAUGGAUGAAGAGGGAAGCUGACGCGGCUUCCACAAGUGUUAUCUGUUUCAUCCAUAACUCAUCUUCUUCUUCCCACUCAUACCCUUAUAUAGGCAGAUAUUUAAGUUGCAUAUCAGACAGUUUCACAUAGAAAAAUCAAGAUAAUGGGAUGAAAUGAGAGGCUGAUCGCUUAGAUUGAUGUUGUAAAUUGCGAUCCUAGUUGUACACAGGCUUGUAUGUGUUCUUGAAAGGUAUUUAUAUCUUCACAAGCCCA